UCGCAGGCUAACUAGCCGUUAGCCGUUAGCCGCUUGGAGCUGAAACGGUCUCAGCCGGUUGCAGCUGCUCGGUGAACGCGGCGGCCCGGGACGGUCACGACGAGCUGACGUCACCUGCUCGUUCACAGGAACGUCAACUGCCAGCUUUUAGAGCGUUAGCAUCAUAAACAUAAUAUACGUACAUUAUAUCUAUGGUUAGCAUAGCAUUAGCAUAGCGUGAGACAGCGUGAAGCGAACGGCGCUGCGGAUUAGCUCCGGUCCGAGCGGAAGGCCCGCUCCCGGUCCCGCUCCCGGUCCCGCUCCCGGUCCCGGCCCCGGUCUGCACCAGGUUCCUCUCCUCACCAGGGUCUGAUCCUGCUCCCGGUCCUGGUCCAGUUCCUGGUCCUGGUCCUGGUCUUAGUGUGCUACACCUCAACUCCCCUUCCUGCUCCCUGGUCCUGCUCCCUGGUCCCGGUCCCGGUCCCGGCCCCGGCCCCGGUCCCGGUCCCGGUCCUGGUCCUGCUCCUGCUCCCUGGUCCCGGUCCUGGUCCUGCUCCCUGCUCCCGGUCCCGGUCCUGCUCCCUGGUCCCGGUCCCGGUCCCGGUCCCGGGGCAGGAUGGAGCGGGCGGUCCCGGUGCUGGUGGUCUCGGCGGCCUCGGAGCCGGCGGACUGGGUUCAGGAUGUGGUGUCUGAGCUGCAGGAGGUCCUGGAGGAUCCGGAUCUGAGCCAGGAGCAGAGGAGCAGCAGGAUCAUGUCUGGACUGGAGGCGGCUCUGAGCCGGGCGGCGGUGCAGACAGACAGCUCUGCCCUCAGCAGGCUCAAGUCGUCUGUGAUUGGCUCUGGUCUGCUGCUGUGGUGCGUUCAGGGUCUCCGGCAGGAUCCGGGCAGACUGCGGGGGGGCUGGGCCGCCGCCGCCCGGCUGGCCCGCAUCACCAGCUCGUGCUGUGUGGGGGCGGAGCCUGGCCGACACUGGGAGGAGUUUGAGAGGCUGCUGCUGCCGUCCGUCAUGGACGGGCUGCUGUCAUUGGCCAGUCGGCUGAUGAGGCGCAGCGGAGAGUGCGUGCCUCUCUUCAGGAAGGUGAUGGAGUGUGUCGGCUGGAUGCUCAAAGCUCACACACAGCUCACCACUCAGGUGCUCAGUUCUCUUCAUUAUGAGCAGCUGCAGGUGUGUGAUGACGUCACCGUGUCUCUGCAGUGUGUGUCGCUGUGGAUCAACAUCUGUACAGCCAGCAGUGACUUCCUGUCUGUCUUGAGCGAGGACUCCGUCAUGCUGUUGCUUAACGACGCCGUCGGCCAAUUAGCCGUCAGCGCGGACGAGGCCGUGGGCCGGGCCGCCGUGCGAUUGGUCCUCCUCAUCGGCGGCCAGCUGGAGCCCCGCCUCCAAACCCUCCUGCUCAGGUUCAGAGGUCUGGACAGCCUAUUGGACAAAGACUGGAGGGGGCGGGGCUUCGACCAGGAAGUCGACCAGCUAAUCACACUGCUGCGAUCUGUGGGGCGCACAAGAAGCCACGCCCACUUUCAGGUCUCCACUGAGCAUGUGCAGGCGGCCUGUGUGAUCCAGGCGGCCUGGAGGUCUCACUGCACCAGGCGCCGCGUGAAGAGCCUGCAGAGAGCUGUCUGUCUGCUGCAGAGGAGAUACAGGGCUCAGAGGAGGCGCAGGCAGCAGCAGCAGGAGGCGGAGCGUCUGCAGGAGGAGCUCAGCUACCAGGUGUGUGUGAGGCGACAGCGUGCGAGGAGAGAGUUCCACCAGAAACAGAGACAGCUGCUGCAGCUGCUGCCCCCUGGCCAGGUGCAGGCCUACCUGGCAGAGUGUGAGCGGCGGGCGGCGGUGCUGAUCCAGAGCGCCUGGCGAGGCUACAGGCAGAGGCGACAGCACAACACACACACACACACCCUGCAACACACACACACACAGCAGCAGGCUGCCAGGACGCUGCAGAGAGCGGUGCGUUACUUCCUGAAGAGACGCAGGGCGCUGAAGGCCCCGCCCACACCCUCUCUCUGGAUUGGUCAGAAUGGUUUGACAGACAGCCGGAGGGCGGAGCUAAAGAGACAGGUGGACGAACACGUCGCCCUGCACCCCGGCUCGGUGUCUGUCUCUCAGUGUGAGUCUCUGCAUGCUGAGUGUGAGCGCCUCCUGGUGGCCGUGCUGCAGAGCAGGGAGACGCAGAGGAGGGAGGAGACGCACCGCCAAGCCCUGCUGGUGCACAUACACACCCAGCUGGAGCAGCUGGCCGAUGCCCCCUCCCUCUCCGUUGUCACGGCGACAGAUGCCGACAUGUUCCUGAGCCCCUCGGCGCCGGUAGCCGCUCGCGCCCGUCAGUCCCACAAUGCAACGCUGCAGGCCGGCCGGCUGCCCUGGUGGAGGAAGCUGGGAGACGACGUCACUUCCUCCCCCGGCUCCACCCCCCCGGACGGGCUGGAGGCGGAGCUUGGAGGACUGUUCCUGGGGGGCGGGGCCAGCUGACAGGGAGGAGCGGGGCUUUAAACUUUAUUGAGACGCAGCAGCAGCAGGAUUCAAACUGUAAACUUUAUUCACAAUGACAACGACAACGGGAACACACACACACACACUGGUCACCAUGGUAACCGCCUCCUAGUCCUGCAGCAGGGCUACAGCGGUCACCAUAGUAACAGCUCUGCAGUGCUGACGCAUCACUGUGGUUUUACCAAGGUUUCCUCUGCAGUGUGUGUGUGUGUGUGUGUGUGUGUGUGUGUGUGUGUGUGUGUGUGUGUGACAUCAGUGUGAAACAGGAACACUUUAAAGGCACAGUCCACGAUUUUUGUUCAGAGUGCAACAUGGCCUGAAGUGCUGCGUUGCUGUGUGUGUGUUGCUGUGUGUGUGUGUGUUUCUGUGUGUGUUUCUGUGUGUGUUGGGAUUUUCUGGUCAGAGGCUGCCUGUGACUCUGUACAGCGUUCUGAUUGGUCGGUGCUGGGGUCAUGUGACAGUGCUCAGCCAGUCACUGAACACUUCAGUGACCAGACGCUGUUUCAUGACUUAUUUUUUUAAAAUUCUGAUUCUUUUGUUGCACAAAAACAAAUGGCAGCCACAGCAGAGACGGGGCGGAGGCGAGACCUCUCACUCGUUAGCUGCUUUCAUCAUCAGUUGUGGGAAAAAAACAGUGUGUUUAACUCAGAAUGUGUGUGUGACCUCACAUGAGCUCCACUUCUUGUAAACAUCCUGCAGCUUCAUCAGACUGACCCACAACAUU